AGCAAAGAAAAUUACUGGUAAUUAGUGAAGACACGUUCCAUGUCUGUGUCGCGCCACUCUGGUAGUAUAGCUAUCGAAGGUGGCAACGAAUCCCACCUUCAUCUUCAUCUUCAUCUUCUCAAAGAACUAGAUUCUAUCUUAUACUUAGAUUUCUUCUGUCCAAUAACUCAAGCAAUCUGAUUCUCUGUUUUCUUUUCUUACUCCAAAUUCUUAAAAGCAAAAUAAGAAAGUGAAAGCAUAAACAACAUGAAGAAGACCAUCAUUUCACGCUUGCUACAUUCACAGUCUCCACCAUUUCUUAAACCCCAUUGUUACCGAGACAGUUCACUGUUUGCAGCUAGAAUUGGAAGAUUCUUGUCUACAGGCUCUGAGAAGGUUGAUGGAUCAUCAAAACUUGAAGAAGCAGAGAGAGAGGAAUUUACACCUCCAAGAGAAAAGCUACUUGUUUUAGGUGGAAAUGGAUUUGUUGGGUCACAUAUAUGCAUAGAAGCUCUAGCCCAUGGUUUGAACGUAUCCAGCUUGAGCAGGUCGGGAAAAUCUUCUCUACAUGAUCCUUGGGCUAACGACAUUGUCUGGCAUCAAGGAGAUCUGCUUUCACCUGAUUCACUAGGGAAUGCACUGAAUGGAGUGACCUCUGUGAUCUCAUGUGUUGGAGGUUUUGGCUCAAACUCUUACAUGUAUGACAUCAAUGGAACUGCAAAUAUAAAUGCUAUUAGAGCUGCCUCAGAACAAGGUGUCAAAAGAUUUGUAUAUAUCUCUGCUGCCGACUUUGGUCUGGUGAAUUAUUUACUAAAAGGAUAUUUUGCUGGAAAGAGAUCAACAGAAACCGAACUACUGGAUAAAUUCCAGCAUGGAGGUGCAAUACUUAGGCCAGGUUUCAUACAUGGUACUCGCAGGGUUGGGAGUGUUCAUUUACCUUUAAGUAUCAUCGGGGCUCCACUGGAGAUGGUCCUCCGACAUGCUAAACCACUGACCCGACUCCCACUCAUUGGUCCUCUAUUUAUACCCCCUGUAAACGUCACUUCAGUGGCAAAGGUUGCUGUAAGAGCUGCAGUUGACCCAGCAUUCCCUUCUGGCGUUGUUGAUGUGUAUGGUAUACGACAAUAUAGCCAACAAAACCCCGCUUAGGCUCAGUCUGUGCUUUUGUUUUUUUUUUCCUUUAAUACAAGUACAACAAUGAUGUAGCUGAUCUUUACUAGCAAUGACACUGUCCUUGAACAUUAUAAUCUGAUGCCAAUUCCAAUUGAGAUCAGAUCAUUUUUUAAAAAAGAUUUUAUGCAA